UUUGACAGUAUCCAAACAAUGGCCUCGUUAUUUUGUUCCAUCAACAAGUAAAUUAAAAUUUAAGACGAGGCUCGGGCGAAGACGAUAUGCAAGGAACGAGAUCAGUCUUGGGGAGUUGAGUGAUACAAUAAAUGCUAGCAUGUAACACUUUGAAAUGAAAAUCAUCUGUACUGAGACUGGGAGGCCAAGAGAAAUUACAGUGCUCGGGUCACAAAAUAAAUAACUGAUUUUAAAAAAUGUCAAUUGAGGAAAACCAGAAAAACCUUAAUUUAGCCUUCAAAGGUCUCAAAGAAAUGCCAGAAAAGGUGACAAAGCAACAUGGACCAGUUGUUGAGAUGCUUGAUGUGUCUAAUAAUAAAAUAUCAGAUUUCAGGUUUCUUUCAAAUUUUCCAAACCUACACACGUUGGUGGUAGACCACAAUGGGCUGCAGUCUCAUGUAAAGUUCCCCACUUCAGAGGGCAUCCAAACACUAUGGGCCAAUCACAACAAGAUAGCUAAUCUCAGUGUUUUUAUUGAAACAAUUACCAAGAGCUUUCCUGAACUUCGUUUUUUAAGUUUGAUGAACAACCCAGCUGCUCCAAGUUACUUCAAUGGUGGAACACUUCAGCAGUAUAUGGAUUACAGAUACUUUGUCAUCAGUCAUUUUCCGAAGUUGGAAUUUCUGGACGACCAACCAGUAACAAAGGAACAAAGAGAAGAAGCCAUCAGGAUAUAUGGCUUGCACAAUACAGGGCCUGAUAAAAAAGCAAACAAGGCCAAGAGAAAAUCAUCUAAACCAAAACUACAGGAAUCCACAUGAUAUGAAUUACAUUAAUAUUGAGAUGAGCACCACAUUUACUGCAUUUUUACUUGGCAUUUUAAUUGUACUGUGUAAAAAAUAGUAAUUUAUAUGUUCAUAAUACUUAUACAUUAAAAAAUUCCAGAUCAAAAUAAGUUAUAAACAUUUUAAAUUGUAACAUUGGUGCUCUAAACAUUUUCAAAUUCAUCAGGUUUUUGUAAUAUUUUAUGAUACUCUUGAGGCAAAUGUUUUACUAAUGGCAAAAAGCCAUGGGGUAUUUGUGAUAAUGACAAACAUAAGAGAUGCAGGUUCAUUUGUGCCUCUGGCUCACUAUAUUUGAUAGUUCAGUCAUGAUUUUUUUAUGUAAAAAAGAUCUGUUUAAAUUAAAUGAUCAUUUAUGUGAGUGUGAUCUCAUAUGAUUAUCAUUCAUUUUUCUUACACUUAACUGUGUAUUGAUGUAGCUGCCACAUUAAUUGUGAACUUUUGAAAGUUCUUCAGGUUUAUUAAAUUAUUAGGUUUAUAAAAAAAAAUCUCACCAUUUAUAACUCUAAUGCUUCAAUCUCGUAUAACUUAAUGUGCUUAUGGAAAAGAAAAAAUGUAUUUAUGUAAAAUAUUUAUUUUAGAUACAUUAAUUUCAUUUCACAGUGUAGACCUUUACUAUUUACAAAGCUGUUUGUACAUAAAUUAGGUCUAAUUAUAACUAUUUCACAAUGAAAUAAAAAGCAAGUAUACAUUCAAUGGCCAAACAAAUUGGUCAUGUAGAAAGAAAGUAGUUGUUUCGUCCCAAAUUCUCAAUAAAACAUUUGUUUACAAAUCG